AUCACGUGAAUCGCGGUAUAUUUAGCUAGUAACACUUAUGGUUUGACUGCGGAGUGCGAAGGAUUUUAGUCAGGGUACCUCUCUGAAUUAUUACUAUUAAAACCAUAAGCUGACGUUUUCUCAUUCUGAUUCGUAAAUAUAAAUAUUCUUUCUUCAGUCAGUGUGGAUUUUUUUUACAGUACGAACAAACCUAUCCUGCUAGCUGUUAGGCGUAACAUGCAGCCAAAUGAAAGUGUUAAGUCAGAUUUUAAUUCCACAGCUUCCUCUGGUUCACAGUUUCGUGUUCUUGUUGGUGUAACCGGUAGUGUAGCAGCCUUAAAAUUGCCUUUGUUGGUGGCGAGACUCCUUGAAUUACCCGGGGUUGACGUCCAGGUGGUCGCCACUGACCACGCCACACACUUCUUCAGCCCUGAAGAGAUCCCAGUCAGAAUCUAUAGUGACAAGGAUGAGUGGCAGAUGUGGAAGCGGCGCUCUGACCCGGUGCUUCACAUCGAGCUGAGGCGCUGGGCUGACCUGCUCGUCAUCGCCCCCCUGGACGCCAACACCCUGGGGAAGAUCGCCAGUGGAAUCUGUGACAAUCUGCUGACCUGCGUGGUGCGGGCCUGGGACCUAACGCGCCCCCUGGUCUUCUGUCCCGCCAUGAACACGGCCAUGUGGCAGCACCCCAUCACCGCGAAGCAGGUGGCCGUCCUCAAGGAGUUCGGCUACGUGGAGGUUCCCUGCAUAGCCAAGAAGCUGGUGUGCGGAGAUGAAGGUGUCGCGGAUCAUGAGAGACAAAGCCAGGCUCCUGCUGCAGAGGAAGAGGAACUUCAACCAGCACCAGAGGCGGCAGAGAUUCGCCAAGGAGAAGCACAUUGACCACAAGCUCCUUGCGUGCGCACGGCAGCAGCUAGCUGAGGGCAUCCAGGUACUCGUGCGUGACCCUCAAGCAAAGAGCCACCGAGCUGGCACAGGUGGAAGGGACUGCCUUCAUGCUCCCUCCGACAGCUGAAUCACCCGGUGGUGGGACCGGCACAAUAUCGCCAACUGGUGGAGGAAGAAGAAGAACCCUGAGCAUGCCCGCUCCCCAGCGGCUGUGGACUGGAAGGCCACCGUCCUGCAGAACAUUCUGGAGUCCUACAGCCCUGCUGGGGCUGAACCUGUCCAAUUCCCAUUCUAAUUUGCAAUGUCCAGUUAUCUGCAACCGCAGACACGUGUAUGUGGGAAGCUCAAUGCCGAAUUGGGAGAGUGUACACACUCAGAAACGUGGUGUUGCCGGUGUGCUUCUUUUCACAACACAAGCUACAGUGAAGUGCUCUUAGAGUGGAGUAGGGGGAAGACCUUUCAUAUGCACCUUUGAUGUGCAGUUUGCAGGCGGCCAAUCGAUCAGCAGGGGCCACUGGAGAGAAAAGGAAUGCAGACCCCUAACCGACUGAGCCCUCCCGUACCCUGGGCAAUGGAAUCACCAACUACAAAUCACCCUCAUUUACUCCUUUGUGUGAGCGUAAUGUGUUCAAAUAAAUGUUACAGAAAAGGCUUCUUUCAUUUCAUUUCAUUCACUCCAGAAGGUUAAUAAUGUCUCUCUGUGUUCAUUAUUCAAAGCCUCUACCCCUGUAUUUCUGUGUACUAUGAUAUUCUCUAUUGUUUCUUCCCAAAUUAUUGGUACAUAUAUUUUUCUGGCUAUAAUUUAAUGUUAACUUAUAGAGUUAAAUUUUUUUUUAAUGCAAAAUGUGUUCUGUCUGGUGCUGUCCGUAGUCAGGAUGAAAAGCAAUCGGAUACAGAGAUUAUAAUACUAAAGUAAUAACUAAACGAUUAUUUGUAAUUAUUCCACAAAAAUAAUGAUUAGUAAAUACCCUGCAGAGGGGAUGCUUCAGAGCUAAUUCCUAAACGAUCACCUUUGACAAACACCACAUUUAAGUGAUGGAAUAAAAACGUUUCCAUAUCUUUUCAGUAUUAAUGUUGGUUCUGUAAACAGUCACAUUACACAUUAAAGAGGCUUUGUCAUUCCUUGGCAAUUUUUUUAUCAGC